UUAGUUCGGCCGACCGCCGCUCGGCGCUACGUUUGCCUACCGUGUCCGCGACGCCCGCUCCAUACAAAGAACGCCUCAGUAUUGUAAAAAAUCUGUGAUGUAUUGAUUAAUUCCAACGUAUUUCAAACACAAAAAGCAUCCCCGUACAAAAUCGAACGCGUUUCGGUCGUAACAAUAACAGUUUCAGUGAUUAUUUUGUGCUUUUGAAGGGGCCACGUCCCAUGAAAUUCCACAUUUAUCGACGGAUAGGAUCUUGUGUGUGGGGCGAACAUGGUGGACAACACAGUGAUGAGUGAAAACUUUUAUGUUGUGUUAUAAAACGGAUGGUUUUAUGAACGUGAUUAUAAAUAAAGUUCGUAUCUAAAUAUGGAUCGGUAUGUGGAGAGUGCGUAGAUAGAAGUGCCUACCUGUGUUUGGAUAUGCUAGUGUAGUUUACACAGUUCAGAAUGGUGGCGUACGGUUACUUCGGUUUGCGGCAGACGCCUUGGACCCUGUUAGUCCUAAUUUUCUUCAUCGAAAGCGUCAUGGGCAACUACGCUAAGUCAUUUUACAUACACUGGAACACGACCAACAGUAUAUUCAGAAUAGAUAAUACCGACCACGUAUUCGAUCUGAAUAAAGGCAACGCGCAAUUUGAAUACGACCAAGUGAAUAUAAUAUGUCCAGUGUACGCACCAGGCACGUACGAGGAGGACACCGAGAAGUAUAUAAUAUACAACGUUAGCAAAGAGGAAUACGACUCGUGUAGGAUAACGAAUCCAAACCCUCGCAUAAUAGCGAUAUGCGACAAGCCGCACAAACUGAUGUUCUUCACGAUCACAUUCAGACCUUUCACGCCGCAACCGGGCGGGCUGGAGUUCCUGCCCGGGAAGGACUAUUACUUCAUAUCCACGUCCAGCAAGGACGACCUCCACAGGCGCAUCGGCGGCCGGUGUUUGAGCCACAACAUGAAGCUAGUUUUCCGCGUGUGCUGCAAACCCGAGGAGCAGUCGCCGGUGCCGCCUGUCCAGCAGACGCCGCCGCCGCCACCGCCGCCGCCGACCUUCCCGCCGAUCACGACCACCACGACCACCGUCAAGCCGGUCACGAAGAAGACGCACAAAUACGACAAGAGUCCCAACGAGGUUGUGAAGAGCGAAGAGCUGUCCUACUCGCGCGGGGCCGCGCUGGCCUCGUCGAUCGCGCUGGCCCUCGCCGCGACCGCGGUGCUGGCGCCGCUAGCUCGGUGAAUGUGCCUCAGGGCGGGUUCACGUCCACGCCAGCAAGCCAAGCCCUCAGACACACAGACGCUACAAUACCUGCGACCCGACUCCCUAGUUUAUGCGUGAAUUCAGUGAACUGUGUUUUGUGCGUACGAAAACAACGGAUUUCGAUUUAGUAAGUAGUGUGGUGCCGAAAUGUUGGACUGAUGCUAAUAUAUAUAAUUCCUAGUUGUCUCAAAAAGUUCCAUGACAAAUUUCUCUCGUAGUUUAAGGGGACUGUGCGCCUAAUUUCUACUAUUAAUGUCGGGCCUAUGAAGUAAUCGAACUAAAUCUCAGCAGUUACUGCUAACGUAGUUGCAGCGUAAAUAUACAAACAUAUAUAUAUAAUAUUAAAAAGUUACAUGUAUUAUAAUGGUAAUAAUAUAGAUUUCUUAAACCGUUAGGAAUUAAAUUUUUUAUAUUUUCACUAAUGCAAUGAAGGAUAUUUGGAUAAGAAAUAGAAUUCGAUAACUGUUAGGGGAUGAAAUAAUUUAGAGGGUGUUAGGUUUUAAUUUAGUUGAAAAGACAAUUUUUUUUUCUCUAUAUUCUGUUUUCCAUAAGACCUAACGCUUAGAAUUUAUUUAUACGAAAAUUUCGGACAAGAAAACACUUGUCUCGGUGCACUGUGAUUUUUGGUUUUAUUUAGGGUGUAAUUUUUCUUCUAUGCUUUAUGUGAUAUCUAAUUAAUGUAUUUAAACAAAGUGCAUUUCACUACAAUUUCUCUCGACUGAUUUGUGAGCUUUUUUUAUUAAUUUUAUGCGAGCCAAUUUUGAAUCGUUUAUUUCGAUCACACCUAAUGACGCUAAGUCAUUGAAUACUCAAUAUUUUUUGAGAUAAUAAUACUUUAUGGCGAUUUAAGUAAAAUCUUUGCCUCAAUAGUCUAAUUACCAUCUCUUUUUUCAUACAACGUUUGUCAGUGUGAUGAUUUUUAUCAUAUCCAAAUGAAUAAUUGAAUUAUCUUUAAAAAAACUAAUAUUUUUUUAUACCAUCAACGCCAUGACUGAUAUACCUGUGCUCUAUCAGCGAAAUAAAAAAAAAAAACGAUCCUCUAAACGGGCACAGAUUAUAAACGAAUGUUGCCAGAUGAUAAUUCGAUUGGAUACAAAUAAAUAUCAUAGCACAGACAAUAAAGCACACGCGUGCCAUCUUAAUACAUUUAUGUAAUAGUCAAAAUAGUCAAGUAGUUGAAAUAGACCGGUUUUCAGUUAGACAUAUGCAUUUAGUGACAGUCUAUAUUUUUAAAUAGUACUUAAGGUUCAACAUUUGAGUUUCAUAUUGUAUUUAACUGCAUAGGGAAAACAAUUUACUUGUGUAAUCGCCUUAGAAGAUAACAUUGUCGUAAUACGAUGCAUAAACAUGAACUCGCUUAGUUAUAUUAAAACGCAUUAUACAUGGUAAUAUGAAAAUCCUCUUAAAAUGUGAAAUACUACCCGUUUUCAUAUGCUAACACCGGUUAAUAUGUCUGGGAUGAAUUUUAUGCAGCAUUUACAGUCUUAAUGGAAUUCGUAUUAACAUCAUCCAACGGCCAUAGAAUGUAUAAUGCGUUUUUAUUUUACACAAUUUCAAAUCAAUUCCUAUAUUCCACAAUCAAAGUUCAAAAAGAGAACGUCAAACGACAAACGUAAUAUCCACGUUCCACGGUUCCAAAUUCAAAUUCAGUUUGAACUGAGCGCAUAAUGUUUUUAAAAUGCGAAACGAAAGUGAUUUGCGUAUUUGCGUUAUAAUUAUAGCGAGGUAGAGUAUCUAAAUAAUUGCGAUGCAUACAUGAGUAAUCGUCCGAGUGCAUUGCAUUGUUGCAAAUUGAUGAAUGAACGCAGAUGUUAUUCAUAACGCAUCUUGGUCGCAUUAAUUAGGUCGUUCAAAUAGGCAGCUAAUCAUGUAAUGACAUCAUACAUAGGUACGUCAAUUGCGCUGUGGUUUCAUUCAAUUGAACAAUGUGACUGUUUGGUCAAGCCACAAGAUCUGUGUGUACACGAUGUUAAAAAAGAAAACAAACAAGAUUGACGUUUGGGCAUAGACAAGUAGAACGACACGGAUAGCUAAUGCAUUGUUUUCUAAACAUUUAAAAAUACAUUUUAUUUCUAACACCUAUUAGCGUCAGGUCGGCUCGCCAUAUGCUGAGUACGUCUAUUUUUAUCGAAUCUUUAUUGUGCCUAAGCGUUCGUUCUCAAAAGUUCUAUUUUCAAAAAGCGUUUAGACGGUUGUUCUGACGUGUUCGCAAUUUGAAAUGGCUUUGAAAUUAAAAAUCGAACGCUCGCAUUGCCAACAUAAUUACCGAAUCGAAGUUUUAUAGUCUUAAAUGCAACUAUCUGAACUCAAUGAUCUCAGUAAAUGCAUAGCGAAUGAAAUUCGAUUUGUCAUGUUGGUAGGAUUGUGUUCUUAGAAAAGAUAUACCCAACGUUUCAUUCUGAGAAAUGCAUUGUCAAUAUUAGCACCUGCGCAAAAGUGCAGCGUAAUUAAAAAAAUCUUUUGUCAAUGGAUAGUUGAUUUGAUCAUAAAUUACAAUAAUAUUCUAAAUCCGAAUUAUUGUACCAGUAUAAAUGAGAUAUUGAUUUAAGAAACAUUAAUAAAGAUAUGAUAUUUAAUCUAUCUUAUACUUCUUUAAUGGGAAACUUACAUAAUUAAUAUUCUGAAAGUGAAAAAAAAAACUUCAAUCAACAUUUAAGUAACCAUAGAUAUGUUUUUAAACAAGAAACUACCAAGAUUCAUAAUCUAGCAGCUAAAUUUAUGUCCCCAAAUAUUCACACUGCCUAUUACUUCAAGUCUCUUAGAGCGUUUCUGUAAUAAAAUCCAGCAAAAAAAUAAAGCGUAACGAAUAGCCAUUUAAUAUGAAAGAGACGCAGUAAAAGCGAUUUUAAUUAAUGAUCGAAAACAAAA